AAGAGUGGUGCAGAGGUUUGCAAAACACGUCCGUUUCAUUAAAACCAUACAGCCGUCGACGAGAUCGCAUUUGAAAAACUUUGUUUCUGGGCUAAAACUAUUAAUUGCAUUUGUAACGAAAUGAUAAAAAUGAUGCGAGUUUUGAUGCACCAGGCGAAGAAACACCCUGGACUCGUCCCCCAGUUCUUCUUCAUCGUGUUGGGGAUGGGCGGAGCCUCGCUCUACCUGGUCCGCCUCGCUCGGGGACCGCACGUAUGCUGGAACAGAAAGACCAACCCCGAGCCCUGGAACAAUCUGAGCCCAACCUACCAGUACAAGUUUGUGGCCAUCGACACCGACUACAAGAGUCUGAAGAAGGAGGGGCCGGACUUCUGAGCCCCCCCCGACUGCUGCAGUGGCCCCCGCUGUGCCAGGCCCUCCUCCUGAACGCCAUAGCGCCUACAUGUUAUGCUUCUAGUGCCUGAAACACAUGAGAAUAAACGCGGCCGGGCCCACUCAGCCCGGAGUCUGAGAGCAGCGUUCACACGGCACCGACAGCACCACCUGUCACCAUGCGUCACCUGAGCACCGUACAGGGGAAGCCACCUGUCCGAGCCAGCCCAUUCAGCUGCCUUCCCCCACCACAAAAA